AUGCCCCAGCCGGCUCCACUCUCUUCGUCGGGCCUGCGCAGCUCCAACUGGAGUUCGUCGGCACCGUCUGUUUCCCACAUUCGGCGAGGCGCCGUGAUGUAUCCCCCCGCCUCGCCUCUGCCUCUUCCUCUCCCUUUCUCCUCGCCGCUCGGCGUGACCUCCGCCGAACCCGGCCUUCAUAACUCUUCAGUCUCAGCCUGCGCUUCUUCCUCGUAUCCCUCGCCGGGGUUCGCGCCCAACGGGCUCGUCCCGACGCAGGCGUCUCCGUCGCGCGCCGCCCAGGGGACAGCCCGGGAGCGGCCGCUGGGCGCGAGCUGCCUCACAAGCGGCGCAGACGCGAGCAGAACUGUCGCAGCUGCCGGCGCUAUGCUGCAGUACGCCGCGGCGCAGUGGGAGCUGCGCGCCUCGCAGGGCGAGGUGCUUGUCGCUGCGCUCCAGAGUGCGCUGGAGAAGGAAGCAACGACGCGCGCGCGCGUGGAGGAGCUCGAGGCGGAGCUCGCUGCGCAGGAGCGGCGGACGCAGGUGGAGGAACACCGGAGAGAAGAAGAGAAAGAGGCGCAGCGAGAGAAGGACGCACUCGCGGCGCAAGUCGCAGACCUCAAGGAGAAGCUCCGCGCCGCCUCACAGGACGCUAAAGACCGGCAGAUGAAGGUCGAGGAGGAGCUCGCAGUCCUGCGCGGCGAACUGCGGCGCAGAGAAGAAGAACUCUCUGAACAGAUGCUGCAGCUCGAAAAAAUCCACCUGACAAAUCAGGGACUCGAGCAGCAAGUCAGCGAGCUGCUUUCAUAUCUCGAAGACGCGUCCUCGUCUCAGGAGGCGGAGGCGAGCGAGUCGCGGGCGCCGACAGGCGCUUCUGAAGGCGCGAAGGAGCCGGGCGGAGACUUUGUCGCCUCGGCCUCUGUUGAAGCGAAGGUGGCGACGCAGCUCGCCAGGAUGCGGUCGCUGCUCGAGGAGACAGAGCGAAGGGAGAAGGCGAUGCGCGAGGAGAAGCAGGCACUCGAACGCGCGCUGGAGGAAGAGCGGCAGCAGAAGAACGCACUGGAAGACGCGCAAGAGGCGCAGACUCAGGUCCAGGAGACGGAGCGAGCCUCGCGCGAAGCGGUGGAGGCGGAGCUCAGCGAGGCCAAGCGACGUUUGGAUGCUGCCGAGAAGAAGCUUGAGGAAGCGAAAACGCAUGCGCUGCACAGCGAGGAAGAGGCCCGCGCCCACCGCGAAACCGCAGACAAGCAGCUGGUUGCGGCGGAGGAAAAGAUAAAGUCGCUAGAAGCCGAGGUGGCGCAGAAUGCGAAAGCGAUGCAGGAGACUGCGCGCGAACGGAGCGGCGUGGAGGAGGAAAGGGAGAAGGAACGGCGAGAGAAGGAAGAUAUCAUCGCCGCCCUACAGGCGCAGCUGCGCGACGAGAAGCGUGCGCGAGAGAGGGAGACGCAGCGCCACGAAGACGCCGAGAGAGAAGAGCGCACGAAGCUCGAGACGCUAAUCGCCGAUCUGGCGGCUGCCAAGGCAGCGCUGCAAGGCGCGAACGACGCACUGCAGAAGAAGCAGCUCGAGAUAGAAGCGGCGGCACAUGAGGCGCAAGCCAGUCGAGACCGCUUGAGGCGCGAGCUCGCGGAGGCUCGCCAGGCGCGUGAGGAGGCCCUCGAAGCGAGUGCGAAGGCACUCAGCGAGCGCGAAGAGGCGUGGCGGAAAGAGGCUCAAGACGAGAAGGAGCGGAUGGAGCGCGCCUUUAAGGAAGGCCUCGACGAGAAGGAGGCGACUCAGGCGGCGGCGUGCGCGGCGCUGCGCAGCGAGAUCGAGGCUAUGAAGGAGUCGCACGCGACGGAGACGCAGAAACUCAAACUCGACUUGCAGCAGACCGUGGAGGCGCACAAUGGCGAGAAGCUGCAGCUGCAAGAGGGCCUCGCGGAGGCGAACGCCCGCCUCAGCGAGCGCGCCGAGGAACUCUGCGCGCUCCAGGGCACGCUGGAAGAGGCUCGCGCGCAGCUCUCUGCGGCUCAGAAGGACCUGGAGGCUGAGCGAGGAGACAGUGAGAGCGACCAGCGCGCGAUGGCGGAAAGCAGCCGCGAGCCUGCCGCCGCGCGGCUCGAGGCGGAGUUGCAGCAGAGGGCGAAGGAGCUGGAGGAGAGCGCGCAGAGGCGAGAGAGAGAAGCGAAGGAGAGAGAUGACGAACGGCAAGCGUCCCUGCAGACUCUGGCGCAGCUAAAACAGGAGCAUGCUGAGGAGCUGCUAAGGAGCAGAGCAGACCGCGCGCGAGCCAUGGAGGCCGCGCAAAAGGCUUUUCGGCAAGUAGAGGCCGAUCUCAGGGUCCGACUAAGUGCGGCGGAAAGCGAGCUGGUUGACGUCAAGCAGAGACACAAGGAGCUGCAGACGCGCUUCGCGGGGGAGCAGCCUGUGCUGUUGGACUUACAGCUGAAGGUCAAUGUGCAGCGCGAGGAGCUGGCGAAGCUUUCGCGCGAGGCCGCGGAAGCUGAGAAGCAGAGCAAGGCACGCGAAGAAGCCCUGCGGCUCACCCUCGAAGACCUGCGUGCGCGGUACGAGCAGCUGGAGCGCAGCGUGGAGGCGCUGCAACAAGAGAACGCGAAGGAGGGCGUGGUGUGCAGGGCCGCGCAGCUGCGAGUCAACAUGCUGCACAGCCAGCUCCUGCAGCUGGAGCGCGUGAAGCGCGAGCUCGAGCGGCUGGUCGCCUCUGAAGCCGCGAGAGGCGAGGGCGAGGAGGAAGACAUAGAUCUCGAGUUCGCAGACGCGCACGAAGAACUCGACGCCGAGCUCCGCGACGCAUCGGCGCAGGACGUGGAGGAGACUGCGACCGCGCGCGGCGAGGCAGACGACGGGGCGGCCUUUCCGGCCGCCCCGUCGUCUGCCUCGCCUCGAAAAGAAGAGGAGGGCCUGCAAGCCGUCGGCGCGCGCCGGCGUGCAGUCGGUAGGGGGCGACGGAGGAAAACGGUGAGUGCAAGCGACCACGAAGACCUCGCGGAGAGGAGCGACGAGCGACGGCACGAGCCGCAGGCAGACGAGACGAGGCCUGAGGACGCGGCGGCGGCGCCUGCGUCAGACACAGAGGAUCGCGCGCCUCAUGACGGCGAGCAGCAGGAGCCGCAACUGCAUGCGCGUGCCUCCGACGACGGGGAGAGCCAGCAGGGAGAGCCCCUCGGUGCAGCAUCGACCACCGGACUGGGCAACCGGCGCUCGCGCUCCUCCUCGCCUCUUCGAAACGCGCGUCCAGUCAAGCGACAGAAAGCGGCAGUGAGCAGCGAAGCAGAUGGCGCUGCGAGCCCGGUUCUGGCGUCGAAGGGCGUUCCGCCUUCGCUGCUCCAGGAAGCCGAGGCUGGCGCGCGGGCUGAGACUGCAGACGCCCCGAGUGACGCAGCCGACGAGGCGGAGCCGCUGCGACGGGGCAGGCGCGCGGCGAGGCGAGAGCGAAGCAAAGGCGCCAGAGAAGCCGAGCCGCAUGCCCCCGGUGAAGCUCAGGACUCUCACGGAGAGUCAGGCGCCCAGUCUGCGGCGUCGGAGGGCGAGGGGGGAGACUCUGCAAGUCACGCGCCUUCGCCUCGGGAGCGGCUCACCCUGCGGCCGUCGCAAAGCGCUUCACCGGCGUCGGCGUCUGCGGGCGCUUCGGCGGCGGAAGGCUCGGGGGUAGCGCGAAGCGCGCGACGCCGUCAUGCAGCACGCGGCUCGCAGGAUAUGCCUGCGUCUUCUCCGUCGCCGUUGGCGUCGGGCGCGAGUUCGCCGCCUCUGGCGCUGUAUCUGACUCUGGCGGAUGACGUCCCCUCUUCGGCGCAGGCGCCCUCGCAGCGCGUCUCCGCUGCUCAUGGCGGAGACGAGGCCGCAGAAGGCGAGAAGGCGGCCGAGGAGCUUCAUGCUGCCGGCGCGAGCCGCGAGAUGAGCAGCGGAGGCGAAGGAGAGCCCCAAGCGAGAGCGAGCGAGUCGCGGGGAAGAGGAAGAAGAAGGAGGGUGGCGCCAGAGCACAAAGAAGAAGGCAAACGCGAAAAAGACGUGACUCCGCGGGAGGCAAAGCGAGGCAGCCGCAGCGGCCGAGGCAGGAGACAAGCCGUCGCUGUGUCGGAUGACGGCGAGUAG